ACAUUGUAGUCAGUUUCGUACGAAAAAUACGUAUUCACACACGUUCUUCUUUUUACUAAAAAACCGUAAAAAUGUCACUUAAAGUAAACAUCGUAAUAUUACCUAUCGUACUAUUAGUUUGUGUGGAAGCAAGAAUACGUAUAUACAUAACCGAUACUCCCAUAGAACGAAUUGGAACUAGAUUGUACAAGAAAGAACUGUUGACAAACGAAUUUGUCGACGCUAAAGAACUGGCCUACGAUUCGGCGACAAGAAACUUAUAUUUCAUGCACAUGGACGAUUUAAUACAGAAUUCAGGAAGAGCUGUUGUAAAUAUAAUAACAAAAGACACAAUGCGAAUAAAUGGUAUAGCAAGAAACAAAGCAACUGCUGUGGAUCAAGAAAGCGGCGAAGUAUACUUCGGAUCAGAUAACGGCCUUUACAAAUACGAUCCAUUACUCGGAGAAGCUGUUAACAUAGGACUGUAUAAUAUGAAUAUAUUGAAAAUAGUGAUUAGAAACAACGCAAUGUAUGUCAUAGAUGCGAACAGUCAUAAGAUAUACAAAAUUUUCGACCACGGCUCAAAAGCAAUACGUGUUGGUAAUAUGAAAGCGGUAUUGGAAUUCGAUGUUGAUUAUCAUAGGAAUAUACAUUACGUGUCAAUGUGUGGUGUUUAUUGUGCUGUUAAUGGUGAUGAAAUUGUUAAAAACAAGGAUUUGACUGCAGUUUACCACUUUAUAAGCGAUGAGUAUACAACUUUUGGUGUAACUGAAAACGGGUUGUAUGAAAUCGAUUGUUUCAACGGCACGGCCAAGCAUGUAGCGGAUCUAAACUUUUCUCCAAGAAGUAUAAUAUUUGGCGACUACGGUGAUAUAUUUUAUUCGGUCGACAGCGGCAUCUAUCAAUUAAAACCUAUUAGUUCUUAUACUGUGUAUAACGUUAAAAGAAAUGGAACGUGAUUUACAGGUUAUUCAUUGAUUUUUAAUGUUGGUUUUAACUUAAAGCAGUACAGGUUUGCGUCCAACGACCAUUAAUUUAUUUGAUUUCCAAUUUUACAUAAGCGUAGUCAAUAAUAAAAAAAUAUAUUAAUAUGUAAUAUUUUUUUAAAAUGAAAUAUUCCUGUGUGUGUUUUUUACAUGAAAGCUUUAAACAAACUAAUAAUGAUAAGUAUUACCUAAAUAUUAAACCCUUUAUAUAAUUUACAUAUUAAGUUAAUUUCUAUUAAAAUUGAAUUAGGAAAGUUUUCUGCUUAUUUCUAUUUUUAAUCGACUUCAAAAAGUGGAGGUUUUCGAUAAAUCGGAAUCCUUUUAUUAUUAUACUAGCGGACGCCCGCGACUUCGUCCGCGUGUAAAUCAAUGUAAACUUUCAAGCCCAAUUUCACCACUUUAGAGGUUGAAUUUUAAAUUAUUUUUUAAUUACAUUAUAUUUCGUAUUUUUUUAUGAUUUAUGAACAAAUUUUUAAAACUUUUCAUUUUUUUUCAGACUUUUCAUACAAACUUUCAACCCCUAUUUCGCCCCCUUCUCAUUUUAUUUUCGGAAUAAAAAGUAUCCUAUCACCUUCUCCGUAUUACGGUAUUAAACCGUGCCAAGUUUCAUUUGAAUUCAUUCAGUAGUUUCAGCGUGAUGCACGAAUAACAAAAAAACACGGACAGACAGACAAAAAAUCGAAAAAAAAAAUUUUUUUAGCUUCAGUAUAAUGCCCCCAACAAAAAUUUACAGAAUGUACAAAUUGUACAGAAUUCGUUUUUUAAGUUUAGAUUCUAGAUGGCGCUGUCGUCCGUUAUGCCACGUUUGUUGUUACAAAUGGUAUAAGUAAAAUCCCAAAUUGCGAAUAAAUGUAUAUAGAAUGUGCAUAUAAUUCGACAAGUUUUAUUAUAAGUAUAGAUAUAUAUAAGUAUAGAUUAUUAAAAUUAAAAAUAUAGAUAAGCAAUAA